UCGGCGGUGCCGGAGCGGAUAAAGCGGCGCUGCGGGGGCGGCUCGGCAGCGCCGCGGCUCAGGCCGUGCGGUGCGAGCGAUCCGCGGCCCCGUGCCGGACCCCCCUGCCCUGCCCGGCCCCGCCGGAGCCCGCCGGAGCCCGCACACGGCCCAGGUUUAGAUCUGCACAAGAACCAAGAUCAGGAACCAUGGCAUCCAUCCCAUCCAGCGGCUCGCUCAUGGCCACGCACAACUAUCGCAGAAGGCGCCUGAGCUCCACAUCCAGCACCAGCUCCUGCAGCUCAGAGUACUCUGGGGAGGUCAUCCCCCAUGGCCCGGACCUGCCCAAGUCUGACCCCGGCCAGUGGUGGGCCAGCUUCUUCUUUGGGAAGACAACUCACCCAGCCAUGACAACGGUGUCAGAGUCCCAGGAGAGCCUGGGAGCUCUGCGGGUGGCCACGGGACCCGUAGCCUGCGGGCUGGUGGCAGCCCCGGGCGCAGGGCGGAGGCGCCACGCCAGCGAGUCCAGCGCGGGCCCCACGGUGUGAUGCGGGCGAGCAUCCCGGCUCGGGGGUGCUCCCUCCCACCCCGGCGGGCACAGCCCCUCCCCUGUAGAAUAGCCGGCUGCUCCAAGCAAAAAAAUGCGCUGCUUUCUGAUGGAAAAGCGCAGCAACCCCGACGAUUCCACUCCAGCCUUUUUUACUCUCUCCCGGUGUAACUAAGCCCUCUCGAAGCAGAACACGUUUUUAUUACCUUCAACUCGUACAAUGGCAAUGAAUAAACUUGAGCAGCCUUUUAAAA